AUGUUUCAAAUUUGGGGCGACUUCAACAAUGUCCCUGAGAGACGUGGGAGGGGAAGAGGAAUGUUUUGAAUACAACUACCAGGAUGAAGAGAAGGCGGCCACCCCCGAGCAGCCUGAUACCCUGGACAUCUUGGCGGCCACCCAUGAGCAGAAUGAUACCAUGGACAUUUUGGAGGAUGUUCUAUGUGCCGAAAGAGUUGGCCAGAUGACUAAAACAUACAAUGACAUUGAUGCUGUCACGAGGCUUCUUGAGGAGAAAGAGCGGGAUUUGGAGCUGGCUGCGAGGAUCGGCCAGUCAUUGUUGAAGAAGAACAAGACCCUAACUGAGAGGAACGAACUGCUGGAAGAGCAGGUGGAGCACAUCCGGGAGGAGGUGUCUCAGCUCCGACAUGAGCUGUCCAUGAAGGAUGAGCUGCUUCAGUUCUACACCAGUGCCGCUGAGGAGAGCGAGCCCGAGUCCGUCUGCUCAACCCCGCUGAAGAGGAACGAGUCCUCCUCCUCCGUCCAGAAUUACUUCCACCUGGACUCCCUUCAGAAGAAGCUGAAGGACCUCGAAGAGGAGAACGUUGUACUUCGAUCUGAGGCCUGUCAGCUGAAGACAGAGACCAUCACCUAUGAGGAGAAGGAGCAGCAGCUGGUGAACGACUGCGUGAAGGAGCUGAGGGAUGCCAACGUCCAGAUUGCAAGCAUCUCUGAGGAGCUGGCUAAGAAGACAGAAGAUGCCGCCCGCCAGCAGGAGGAGAUCACGCACCUGCUGUCGCAAAUCGUGGACUUACAGAAGAAGGCAAAAUCUUGCGCGGUGGAAAAUGAAGAGCUUGUCCAGCACCUGGGCGCUGCCAAGGACGCCCAGCGUCAACUUACAGCUGAGCUCCGGGAGCUGGAGGAUAAGUAUGCGGAGUGCAUGGAGAUGCUUCACGAGGCUCAGGAGGAGCUGAAGAACCUGCGGAACAAGACGAUGCCCACGUCCCGGCGCUACCACUCUCUGGGCCUGUUCCCCAUGGACUCCUUGGCUGCAGAAAUCGAGGGAACUAUGCGCAAGGAGCUGCAGCUGGAAGAGCCGGAGUCUCCAGACAUCACCCACCAGAAGCGUGUCUUUGAGACCGUGAGAAACGUCAAUCAAGUGGUCAAGCAGAGAUCACUGACCCCUUCCCCCAUGAACAUCCCGGGCUCCAACCAGUCCUCAGCCAUGAACUCCCUCCUGUCCAGCUGCGUCAGCACCCCCCGCUCCAGCUUCUACGGCAGCGAUGUCAGCAACGUGGUCCUCGAUAACAAAACCAACAGCAUUCUCCUGGAGACCGAGGCGGCCGACCUGGGGAAUGAGGACCACAAUAAGAAGCCGGGCACGCCGGGCACGCCAGGCUCCCACGACCUGGAGACGGCACUUAGGCGGCUCUCCCUACGCCGGGAGAACUACCUGUCUGAGCGGAGGUUCUUCGAGGAGGAGCAGGAGAGGAAGCUACGAGAGCUGGCUGAGAAGGGGGAGCUGCACAGUGGCUCGCUCACGCCCACCGAGAGCAUCAUGUCCCUGGGCACGCACUCACGCUUCUCCGAGUUCACGGGCUUCUCCGGCAUGUCCUUCAGCAGCCGCUCCUACCUGCCCGAGAAGCUGCAGAUCGUGAAGCCGCUCGAAGGUUCAGCCACGCUUCACCACUGGCAGCAAUUGGCCCAGCCUCAUCUUGGGGGCAUCCUGGACCCCCGUCCUGGUGUGGUCACCAAGGGCUUCCGGACUUUGGACGUUGACCUGGAUGAAGUGUACUGCCUUAACGACUUUGAGGAAGAUGACACAGGUGACCACAUUUCUCUGGCGGGCCUAGCUACCUCCACGCCAAUUCAGCACCCGGAGACCUCAGGUGAGAGGUCUCGAGCACGUGUGACUGUCUCAGGCAGCAGAAGUUACUCCAACCAACCUCAGGCUUCCCCAGAGGAGAUGCACCAGCCGCCAGCACAAGCGGGCCUGGAGGAGGAGGAGGAGGAGGAGGGGUCUGGUGAGGGCGCCUCAAUCAGUCCUGUAAACCUGACACCUUUACCGGAGGCAGAGCUCUGGGCACUGCUCGUCUCUGUUCCUGGCACCACCCGUAGUAACUCUGUGUCCGUAGCUUCUGCUCGUCUGUGUGGAUGACAGGAAAAAGCUUUCCUGUUGUCAGGCUCUGUUUUGAAAACAGAGACCAGAUCCUCUGCUUGUGACGAGUGGGUCCCUCUGCCCAUCAUGGAGCUCUGGGACCCUGCAAGCGGGAGCAGGAAAGGCUGCUAAAAAGUGGGAUGUGGGGCCCUCAGAAUGGGAACACCCGAGGGUUCUGUUAUGGCCGCCCUACUCGGGAUCUGAUGUCUCCCAUGUCCUCUCUGGAUUUCUAGCCUGAGCAAGCUGAGCAGUCUUAGGGAAAAGGCAAUGACUGAGAGGCUGUAGGAUGUGUGGAAACCAGACGGAAAGAAGUGUAGGGAGUGGUCAGAAUGCUUGAAAGCAUGUCAGCUCUGUGACCUGACUUAGCCUCAGUGAAGUAUUAUCUAAAUGUUUAGUGACACUCUUUAACCAGGUACACACUAAGAGGUGUCAUUCAGCUCUUACAAGGUGGAUGCUAGGUGCUCAGGCUAGCCCCCAUCCCACCUCCAGGUAUACACAGUGUGACCACAGGUGACCCAUAAACCUUGCACUGGGGUGGGAAGUUUAUGCUUGAGACCCCUGGGACCUCUGGGGAGUUAGUUACGUGGUUACUUUGUAUCCAGAUGUUUCAUCCGCCUUCUGCUGCUUCUAGCUCAUUGUGCUGGGACAUUGAAGAACUCGGGUGUCAGGAAAAAUGAAUGGACUGAUGCAGUCCUCCUCAGGACGUCCCCAGAUCACUAAAUGCAAGGAAAGGAUAUUCUUCUUUCUGCCUCAUAAUUUUAAGAGGCCCUGACACUUGGCUUGCCAUGAAAUCCGAGGUAGAAGGUUUCAGUGGUGUCUCAGCCCCCCCCCCCCAGGUUAAUUACAGGCAGCCAUGGUCUAAAGGGCCCAACCUGGACUAACUGUUUCUUUUAAUGUCAACCUUAGAGGUGUCAUCACAAAAUUUAUGUUUUGAGUUUUUAAAAGUAAGUUACCAAGUGAUGCAGAGGAAUGAGAAUGUUUAUCCUGUGAGAUCCACAGACUCAAUUAGGCCUGGUGGGAUAGACUCAUAAUUCCCAGGAAGCUGAGGCAGGAGGAUCUCAGGCUCAAUACCAAACCAAAGGACUGGACCGCAGCCUGCAGUUUCAAAUCUCCCUUUAUUAUAAGUACUGGGUCCAUCUGAAGGCAGACAGCACUAUACCUGUGUCUGGCUGACUUCCGUGGCUAUAAGGAUAGGUGUCAAAGGUCACAUCCAUCCCUCCUAAGUAGAAUGCCAGUCCUGGAAGUUGAAGGACAAAUCCCUUCCCCAGGUGCAUCUUGGGAAAGUCAUUCAGAAAGAUUCUAACUCAUUGUACCAAGAGCUGCCCUGAGAGGUCAGAGGUCGAGAGUCCUGGCUCUGAGGACCCGAGGCUCAACCUUUGUCCCUCCUAACAGUGGCCCUUCUUGCCUAGCGUCCUACCUCUUGCUGAACCUGCCAGCACGUUCACCCAGGAACUUGAUUUGAGGAGAGCCAAGCACACACAGAGCAGAGUUUGUAAAGAGUCAGGCUCCAGGUGUGCAUUCUAAGCACAGUUGAUCAGUUUGCUCAGGGCCAUUCAGGAAAAGUGUCCCCACCAGGGGGAGGGAAUGCAGAGCCACGCAGUGGCAGGGUGGCAGAGCAGGAUCGGAGCUCCUUUUCUCCGAUGAGUGACAGGACCAUCUGCUGUUAGGAGUAGAAGUCUAAGACCCCCUGAGUUACACUGGGUACCCCAAAUGCUCUUUACGCACAGUCCUGGGAGGGGCGGCUAAAGGCUGGUGAGAUUCCGUGGGAAGACCUAGAGCUCCAGGCUUGGGAUUUCUGUCCCAAUGGCCUGGUCCCUGUGCUCCCAAGAGCUGCUGUGACCUGGGAAGGGGUCAGAGGAAAGAAGUUUGAAUCCGAAGGCAGUUAGGAUUACAGCUGAUACUGAGCAGGGCUGAAGAGUGAGAAGACUCGCCUCGUAGGCGGUUUUAUUAGUGUGCUUGAGUGUGGUUUUUUUGAAGCACCAUUUGAUUUUUUUUCUCUUUAAUCCCAUGUCUGAAGAAGGAUGGCCCUAUGCUGUUGUGUUGUAAAUUACCUAGAAGAUUAAAACAGACUGUUGAAAACAACUUUUAGGUCAUAGUUUUGCUUCAUUUUAAUGAUUGCUUAUAUUCUGGAUUUACACAGGAAGCACAUUUUUCAGGAUAGUCACCACCUGGUCCUGCCAGAACCCUGUAUUUUAGUUUAUGGCUGGGGUCAGGGACAACCAGGAUGUAGGAAGAGGUUGGUUAAGUUUUAUUGGUAGCUUGUUGGCGGAAUGCACUACAGGAUUUAGCUCAGUUAAAUUUUCCUGAAGAUUCAAAGUGGAAGGAAAGAUGGGAUUAAGCCGGCACCAGAGAUGAACUGAAAGAUUGGCUUAUCUGUCAUGGAGACUGGCUCACGAAGACCCCUGGGCUGUAUCCACCUCUGUCCCCUGCAGUGCACAUGGCUCACAACUGGCCCCAAGAUCCUGGCACCAGUGUAGACUAUGAAAACUGCACUCAUUCAAAACAGUCCGCUGAAGGUCUCUUGUAUCUCAAGACCCAGGGUACCAGAGGCAGAAGCCAAGAAAUAGCUUUUUGCUGCUUCUUCACCAACACAGAGAUCCGAGCUAUGCUCAGGGUGAAGGAAUAAAAAGAACAGCCCUCCAGAGAAAGAAGGCCCGGCCAGGGAAGCCCAGCUCCUGCUCCGUCACACAGCGGUGCCCUGAGGGAGCAAGCCCUACUUGUUGAUUCUGUGUUGCACACAGUCCCACCACUAUUCACAGACGAGGGUACAGAUGGGCUUGUAUGUUUGUAGGAGCUGGACAAGUGACCCCAUGGGUCUGGAAGGGAAGGUCGGUACAAUUGGUUCAUAGACCUUCUGGUAUCUUUGGCAGAAGGAACUUCCUUCCCAUGUCCCACAUGGGACGGGGACAUUUUCCAGGCCCUGGCUUUGCAUCCCUGCAUCCAUACAGAGUGAAUGCUCUGCUCACACCCACCUGGUUAAGACAGGCUAAGAAAGUCCCAGGCUCUUUCUAAGAGCAUUUGGUGAAUGGAGAACAGGCCAGCUGCCACCCGGAAGGAGGGCAGAGAAAGGGAGGGAGGAGCUGAUUCCUCCAAACUGGACAGAGCAGGCUCUAGAGAGAUCUGUGCGGAGAGGCCUUGAUGAGCAGACAUUUAUGAGAGAGGUUCAGACAGGCAGCCACCACCUUGAGAACCAUGGGAGACAUGCUCUCCGGCCUACCCGAGCAGGUAAUGGAGCUCUCUGGCCUCUCUGUGUCAGCCCCAGAAGCAAGGAUGAACAGCGAAGGCCAUGGAGUCGAGCCUCGUUGGUACAAAAAGAUCCAGAGAGAGUUUUGCUGUUACACCGUUGACAAUUCCACCGUGUUCUGAAACUUUCUUUCCUCAAGAGGAUACCUCAGAGUCACGAAGCAGCUUUCCCUGCCCUCUCUGUAGGAUGCAACGAAGUGGGUUGUCUCCUAAUGCACAUAUAUUUUUGUAAUGAAACAGACAACAGUUUGCUAUGAUGCGAAUAGAAUGUUUAAGUUUGAAAGAACUAUAAGUAUCACUUGUGCCAAAUCAGAAAAAUGAUCUUAUGAUUCUGAUUCUAUUUAGUCUCCACAUUGGAACCUUCCAGAAAAUCUACCAGACUGAGGUCUAAGGGGCGGGGAGCUUGGGGCCUUCACAGAGCUAUAGGACCUGGCUAGGGCUAAUCAAAGAAACUUUCAGGGAGCAGAGAAAAAUGGGGAAGCCAGAAGCUAAGAACUUAGAAAGUUUUGCCAAUAAAGGUAUACCAAUUAAUAGUUUAAAACAACUCUUAGCUUAAGGGCGGGACAAACAUCUGUCAUCCAGGCACUUAGGCAUCUGAGACAGGAGGAUGAUGAAUUCAGAGUCUAGCCUGAGCUACAUAACAAGAGCAGGUACCUCUGCUCCAAGCAAAAACACUCAGGCUACAUUGGCAAGCCAGGAACAGAGUGGGCCUCACCUUUCCUAUGCCUUCCAACGCAACUGGCCACAGGGCGUGUUGGCCUGUGGUACACGACACUCACCUGUGUUUAUCUCUGAUAACCGAGGUUUAGUUGAUUUUAAAGCUUGCCAGUGCUUGCAUCAGCAUCAGGAGAAAGAAGAACUAAACGCAAGGUUUAGGGUUGUUAAAGAAAAAUCCAUUUCUAUAUAAAACUAUCAGCACAUUCUUAGUGGUCAGGUAACCAAACAGAGUGGGCUCUCAUCUUAUUGAGCACGAAGCCCACAUUAGCACAGGACUAUACCUCUGGAGGUGCCUGGCUGGCUCAAUCACAGUAACCUUGAACCUGCUUGACACCUGCCAUGCAGCCCUAGGCUGUGAUCAAGUGUGGUGCCUGUCCAUUCAUCCCCCUCGAGCUGGAAGCCCUCCAGUCAGGCUCAGAGAAGAAUAAGGACUUCACCAGGAAGUUGGAGUAGUCAUUCCAGGGAACCCUGCCCUUUGUACCCUCAUCCCGAGGCCUGUGAGGUAAACACAAUGUGAACUUGCAGUUGAGCUGGGCAUUGUGCUUCGGUGUGCAGCAUGGUCUUGGUUGACUCCGGUUCUGAACCCAGGCCCCAGCUCUGCAAAGGGUGUUUUCGUGUCUCUCACUUUUAAAGCUUGGUGGCUUGAAGAUUCAAUGUUUUGCUUCUCUGGGACAAGCAGGAGGAGCUGUGGGGAGUCCUUCCCAG